UCUCGUGCGUCUGUGCGAGAGAGGGAGGGGGGCGGUGAGGGAGUGUGUGUCGCCUCCUCAGCAGCAGCAGCAGCAUUGGAGGGAAGGACAAUCCCGAGCAGCAGCAGUAGCAGCAUCCAAACAAGCCUUCUGUGGGGAAGGGAAGAAGGAUUGAGCGGAGGGAGCAGCAGGAGGAGCCCCUCGCCCAGGAAGCCGCCGAGGGGCUGGUGCUGAGGGAGGACUCCCGGGGAAUGCGGCAGUGAGGGAAGGAGGAGGAGGAGGAGGAGGAGGAGGAGAAGGCGCCUUCCCGUUGGCUUGCCUUGGCGAAGACUCCCCUCCGCUUGCCUGGCUUGGAAGGAGACGGAGCGCGCGCCCUCGCCCAGCCUGGCCGGGGCUGAGUGAGGGGCUGAGGAGGCGCCAAGCAAAGAGGGGCACCGGAGAGGCAGCAGGAGCAUCUCUCUUUCCAUUGGCAGCCCUAAGGAAGGAGCAGGCGCCAUUGCCAGGAGGCUUAGCGCCGGGGGGCGUCCUCCUCCUCCUCCUCUGCCUGCACCCCCUUCCCCUUCCUUUGCCCCCACAGGAUGCCUUCCUCCGCCUCCCCCCGGCGGCCCAGCCCGGCCCCUCCGCCCGCGUGGCCCUUGCUCCUGCUCUUCCUCCUCCUCAUCUUGGCCUCUUCCUCCUCCUCGUCGUCGGCCUGGGCGCGGAGCAGCUCCCGAGCGCUGUCCGGGAUGCCCCCUUCUUCCUCCUCCUCCUCCAGCAGCACCCCCAUCGCCAUCAUGGGUUUGAUGCCGCUCAGCGACGCCGUGGAGAAGGGCAAGAUCGGGCGCGGGGUGCUGCCAGCCAUGCAGCUGGCCAUGGAGCAGAUCCUCAACGAGUCCUUGCUCAGCCCUUACGCCCUGGACCUGCGCUACUACGACACCGAGUGUGACAAUGCAAAGGGACUUAAAGCCUUUUAUGAUGCAAUAAAAUAUGGACCUACACACCUAAUGGUUUUUGGUGGAGUAUGUACAACUGUCACCUCCAUCAUUGCUGAAUCCCUAAUAGGAUGGAAUUUGAUCCAGCUCUCAUUUGCUGCAACAACACCAGAGUUAGCUGAUAAGAAAAAGUAUCCUUAUUUCUUCCGGACAGUGCCAUCCGAUAAUGCUGUGAAUCCUGCAAUUCUGAAACUACUCAAACAUUUUCAGUGGAAAAGAGUAGGAACUCUAACCCAAGAUAUACAAAGGUUUUCUGAGGUACGGAAUGACCUCACUGGUGUCCUAUAUGGUGAAGAAAUUGAAAUCUCAGACACGGAGAGUUUUUCUAAUGAUCCAUGCACAAGUGUCAAAAAGCUCAAGGGUAAUGAUGUCCGAAUUAUCGUUGGGCAGUUCAAUGAGGAAAUGGCAGCAAAAGUAUUCUGCUGUGCGUUUAAUGCACAGAUGUAUGGCCCUAAGUACCAGUGGAUCAUUCCUGGGUGGUAUCAGACCUUCUGGUGGGAAAAAGCUAUUCCAAAGCUUAAUUCAUCAAACUGUCACACUACAAAUAUUCUUAGUGCCAUGGAAGGCUACAUUGGAGUGGAUUUUGAACCUCUAAGCUCCAAACAGAUAAAGACCAUUUCAGGAAGGACUCCACAGCAAUAUGAAAAGGAGUAUGAUCAAAGGCGUGGGAAUGUUGAGCCAAGUAAGUUCCAUGGCUUUGCUUACGAUGGAAUAUGGGUAAUUGCCAAAACACUGCAGCAAGCAAUGAAGAUUCUCAAUGCCACCAACAAAAACCAAAGAAUCGAGGACUUUAACUAUACCAACAAAGACCUUGGGAAAAUCUUUCUGGAUGCAAUGAAUCAAACUAGCUUCUUUGGUGUAACGGGUCAAGUUAUGUUCAGAAAUGGAGAGAGAAUGGGGACCAUCAAAUUUACGCAGUUCCAAGACAAAAAAGAAGUGAAGGUGGGAGAAUAUAAUGCCAUCCUUGAUUCGCUGGAAAUCAUCAACAACUCCAUCAAAUUCCAGGGGAUAGAACCGCCAAAGGACAGAACCAUUGUCCAGCCACAACUUCGCAAGAUCUCUCUUCCCCUCUACAGCAUUCUUUCCGCAAUCACUAUCCUGGGAAUGAUCAUGGCUAGUGCUUUUUUGUUCUUUAACAUCAAAAACCGAAAUCAGAAGUUAAUAAAGAUGUCCAGUCCUUACAUGAACAACCUCAUUAUUCUUGGUGGGAUGCUCUCCUAUGCAUCUAUAUUCCUUUUUGGCCUUGAUGGAUCUUUUGUCUCUGACAAAACAUUUGAGACCCUUUGUACUGUCCGAACAUGGAUACUUACAGUGGGCUACACAACUGCAUUUGGGGCAAUGUUUGCAAAAACAUGGAGAGUACAUGCAAUUUUCAAAAAUGUAAAAAUGAAGAAAAAGAUCAUCAAAGACCAAAAAUUGAUGGUGAUAGUUGGAGGGAUGCUGCUAAUAGAUCUUUGCAUCUUGAUUUGCUGGCAAGUUGUUGAUCCCUUGCAGAGAACAGUGGAAAAAUACAAUAUGGAGCCUGAUCCAGCAGGACGAGAUAUUUCUAUCCUUCCCAUUUUGGAGCACUGUGAAAACUCUCACAUGACCAUUUGGCUUGGCAUUGUUUAUGCCUACAAAGGGCUACUCAUGCUGUUUGGGUGCUUUUUGGCUUGGGAAACUCGAAAUGUGAGCAUUCCGGCUCUGAAUGACAGUAAAUACAUUGGCAUGAGUGUUUACAAUGUAGGCAUCAUGUGCAUUAUUGGAGCUGCGGUUUCCUUUCUCACACGAGAUCAGCCCAACGUGCAGUUCUGUAUUGUGGCACUCGUCAUUAUAUUCUGUAGCACCAUCACGCUCUGCUUAGUCUUUGUACCGAAGUUAAUCACUCUGAGAACAAAUCCGGAUGCUGCUACUCGGAACAGAGGGCUCCAGUUCACUCAAAAUCAGAAGAAAGAUGACUCAAAAACAUCGACGUCUGUCACCAGUGUCAACCAGGCCAGCACAUCUAGGUUAGAAGGACUACAAUCAGAAAACCACCAGCUGAGAAUGAAAAUAACAGAGCUGGACAAAGCUUUAGAAGAAGUCACUAUGCAACUGCAGGACACACCUGAGAAGACAACGUAUAUUAAGCAGAAUCACUACCAGGAACUCAAUGAUAUUCUCAGUAUACGCAACUUCACAGAAAACAAAGAUGGUGAAAAGGCCGUGUUGAAAAACCACCUUGAUCAAAAUCCACAAGCACAGUGGGAUACAACAGAGUCUUCUAGAACAAACAAAGACUUUAUAGAAGAUAUCAACUCCCCAGAACACAUACAGCGCCGACUCUCCUUACAGCUGCCCAUUCUUCACCAUGCCUACUUGCCGUCAAUAGGCGGGGUCGAUGCCAGUUGUGCUAGUCCAUGCGUCAGCCCCAGUGCCAGUCCACGGCACAGACACGUGCCGCCAUCUUUUCGUGUGAUGGUUUCUGGCCUGUAGGAGGGUAUUCAGAGCUUCCUGAACUGAUUUUGGUACUUAAUGGCUGGACUGAACGUCUUGUGUUGAACUCUUGCCUUCUACAUACUCCUUACUCUAAUCACAGAGGAACUAGUGUUAUAAGGCCAUCGUCAAUGGAGGACCAGCUCCACUGCUGUGCGGAAAGCAUGCAAAGCGGAGACGGUUACCCAGAGGUUGAGCUGUAGCCUUACUUGCGGACAUUUUUAUUUCUUCACUGAGAAAGUCACCAAACCAUGGUCCUUCCCAAAUUGCUCCCGGAGGCAAGGUGGCUGGAAACAUAAACUUGACAAAAAAACAUAAACAAAAAAGGACCUCCUUCAAGUGUCACUAUGCUUUAUAUGGCUACGGAAAAUGUGGAAUAAUAAUGUGCAAAAAAUAGGGGGAAAGGAAGAAAUCCCAUCAGCAGAGAUCUCUAUCAAUGGAAAUGGAUACUUUGUUUUGCAGGAUUGCGCUGACCUUCAUUUUUGGGACUUUGUUCUUUGAGAAACCCUUUCUUAGCUGUGAUUGAGAUGAGUUCAUCUCAGUUCCUCUUCUCUUAAGACAUGCUUGGAAUCGAGGUUUCAAGGAGGAAGUAGGUCUAGGGGCAAAAUCUCACAAGUGGGUGGCCAGAGAGCAGACACUCCUCCUUCUUGCUAAGACAUAGGAUUUGGCAGAGUCCCAGAGUGAUGGCAGAAACUGAGGUCUGACAGUACACAAGGCUUCGGGUGGGUCUUGAUAUCUUAGGAAGAAUUAUAACUCCUCCCCAAGUUUGAUUUAAACCACAGUGCAGUUAAUUUGAAGGAGGACAUGUAGGGAUGGGACACAUAGAUGCCACACUGCUGCAGAGGCAUUGACCGUAUAUACACAACCUUUGCUUCAUAUCUUUGCGUGUGUGACAGUGGUAGUUGAGAAUAAGAGAGUCCAAAUCAAGUGUGCCUGUAUGAGGAAAAAUCCCUUUGCCUUUUGAAUUGGAAAACAAAAAAAAAGAUGAACAUUGGUUUAAUCUCUUUUUGCCCCCAAGAAAUUGGAAUUUAAUCUUCUUCUCUGAGCGGCUGAAUUGCUAUUGGAGAGCGACGCACUAUUGGAGAUUAAUGCGCUCAUACAAAAUGUCCAAGCAGUUCUAUCACUUACCGAUAAGGUCUGAUUCAAGCAUGUGCUACUUAUGUGCUAGUGAUUCUGCGCAUGCCCGUGGGAAACUAAGACUUUUGUGCAUGCAUGAUCCAAAAAGGGGCACUCAUGCUUUGUACAACUACCUGGCACAAAGAAUUUCAGUGGACACACUUCACUCUGGGCGUUGUGCUGCCUUGUUGAGAGUUGGCACAUCAUGUGAAAUUCUUACUGCUGUCUAGUGCUACUCCAGUUUGCUCACAAUCCAAGGUUGUGCAUUCAACAUGGGAAGACCAGAGAAGUACAGCCGAAUUCCCUUCUAGUUACAGGAUUUCAAUGUCAGAUUCUGUGACUGUGCUUCCAAAUGGCUAGCUUAUGAUUUUGGGGCAACCUUUUGCGACUAUGCUUCUGAAUGGCCAGCAUAUGAGAAGCAUUGAUCUAGGAAAAGGACCCACCGAUACAAUCGGCCUAUAAAUUACAUGAGUUGUGUUUAGGCCCAGGAAUCACAGUGGGAAAAGAGAAACAGAAUUACUUCUCUCAUACAGCCUUCACCUUCCUUAAAUACCACAGGCUGCUAUCUCCAUUCUUGGCGCUCUUAACUGAUGGCCAAGUUGGCAUGCAAGACUGCUGAACUUUGGCAAUACUGGCUGCCUUUUCUAAAAUCCUGUAUGAAUUAAGUAACGUUUUUGAGAUAAGGCAUGGUGGAGGGGGGUGGCAUUUACGUCUGCACUGUCCUCUCUUACACAACAGGAAAGAACCUUCUGUUCCUCUCGUGUCCCAGUGCAGCAUUUGGUAUCCGCACGAAGAGAGAAGUACCAAGUGAGUCCCUGUAGAUGUCCCUGAUCCCAUCUUGUUUGAGUAUAUUACCCAUAAAUUGUAGUCCACUUGGGGGCAUCACAGAACUUGUCCCUGAACACAUAUCACUGAGGGGUCAUGGAGGCAUCCGAAAGUGUUGGGUUGACCCUACGUCUACCAUGCAGGAGGUAGAACACAUUACUCUGUUUGAGCACUAACCACCGAAGGUGUUGUCUGGUGUGUGUGUGUGCGAGUGAGGGCGUGUGGCUGCGUGGGUGUGUUGAAGUAUUCUCUUAAUUUAUUAAUAAACUCCAUCAGGACUUUAUUUAAUACAAAUAAAUAUUACUUUUCAAAAAGGACAAUAAUACUGUAUAUAAUGUAUACACAAACAUUUCUGUAGAAAAUAUUAUUCCAACAUAGCAGGAAACAAAAACAAAAAAAAUUCAAAAGUAUUGGACUGUUGGCGGUGAGUGUGUGUCUGUAACUCUUUGUGAAUACUGACUGUGUGCUGUUUCUUAGGUUUAAAUCAUGCAGUACAUUCUUUGUCUCAAAUGCAACUGUAGUUCUUCCCACAACAUUUUUUUAAAAAUUUCCUGCAGAAAAUAAGACCCACAAAGUGACUAUAGCUAUUUAAUGUUUCUGUUCUUUUUCUACUGCAGCAAAAAUGUACUGUAAAAAAUUACAAGGAGGCUGUGCCCCAGUGGCAUUUUCCAACCAAGUUAGUGCACAAAAGCUUUAACCUAGACUGGAACUGUCAGAAUUAUUUUUAAAAAAAAGCAAGAGAAGGAGAAAAAGAAAGUACGUGGAGAAUUUCUUGUAUACCCCUUAUACUGCAUGAAAAUCGAUUUUUAAUAAAUUGUUGCAAAAAUCUGUUUUAUUAAUAAAAUAGAGAAAACCUAAUGAA